UGGCCUUGGUUACCUUGAUGAUAUGUCAACAUUGGCUGUUUGAUCCUUCUCCGAGAAUGGUGUUUUAUUGUUUUAUUAAGUGACACUCGUUAUUUUUGUUUUAAUCGUUAGGAAAUCACGGCGGAAUUCAAAUAUGAUGUGAUUACUCCCUACUGGAUUACACCCUUGGUUUUGCAUUGCCCUAUAGUUGUAGUAAUAGCAGAGAAAUCUGCUAGAGUAUUGGGAAGGCUAAAAUGGAGCUGGAGUGCUCAGGGGCAGGUGCUGAAUCCUCUCCGGUUGUGUCACCACAUGUUACCUCUGCUCAAUCAUUGGUUUACAAUCCACCGUAUUUGUCAUCGCAAGGCCUGUCUUCAUCCUCCAAUAGCACACCAACGAUGAUGUCUCCUACUCAGUCAUCAGCAUCAUCAUCUCAAUCAAAUUCUCAGUCUCCCACCACAGAUCCCCUUACUCAGCUAUUAUCAGGGACAACAGUGACAUCAUCUAGUAACUCAACAUCAACCAUUCCUCCCGAAUCCUCAAUACAUAACUUGUUUGACCCUCUGAGUUCUCCAGACUGGGAUAUGGCAGGACCACCAGGAAUCCUGUGCACUCAUAGAGUUAAAAAAGAUUUAAAAAGUAUCUUCAAUGAUCCAUUACCUGGCAUUUUCAUUGUACCUGAUGAAGAAAACUUGUACACAGUUCACUGUUUGAUUAUUGGGCCCUUUGAUACUCCCUAUGAAGGGGGUUUCUUUCAUUUUGUUGUUCGGUUUGGACCACAGUAUCCUCUUCAUCCACCUCGAGUUCGCCUCAUGACAACAGGACACGGAAAAGUUAGAUUUAAUCCAAAUCUUUAUAAGAAUGGCAAAGUCUGUCUCAGUAUCUUAGGCACAUGGUCUGGUCCAGCUUGGAGUCCGGCUUCCAAUUUGUCAAGCGUUUUAUUGUCAGUCCAGAGCCUUAUGAAUGAACAUCCCUACCACAAUGAGCCUGGUUUUGAGAAGGAACGUAAACCAGGAGCUAGCAAGGCUUACAACACUAUAAUUGAACAUGAAACAAUAAGGGUGUCUGUGCUGGAACAACUUAACUGUAUACGUCCUGCAGCUCCAGAAGAAAUGAUAAAAUUCAUGAAGGCUUCUUUUCUAGAAUAUUAUGAUCACUAUGUGGAUAUCUGCAAGAGUAAUUUAUAUCAAGAUGGAGCAGUAAUGGAGGAUCCAAUUAGCAGAGAAGUGCGAGGAAAAUUUCAGUAUGGUGCUAUGCUUAAGCAACUAGAAAAAUUAAAGGAGAGUAUAACCCCAUGUGGAAUACCUUCUAUUCCUAACUUUCCUACUACUCCCGUAAGUGGAAUGUCCGAAGUUGAUGAUGGUGACGCUUCAAGUAUUAGUUCAUGUGCAGCGAGUGAUGAGGAGGAAGAGGGAGGUGAAGGCGAGCAACCUGCUGAAGGAGAACAAGAGGUAGUUGAUGUUGGAAUGAAUAUGCUAAUGCUGGAUGAGGAGUAGGCCUUAUAAGGAUAUUGGUCAUUCAGUUUUAGUUUUAAAUACUGUACCUGCACUGCCAUGUAAUAUUUUUAGCUUAUCAUAUUACCUUUGAACUUGAAGGUAAAUAUAAAAGGGUUUGUAAGAUAAUCUUGAGAAUUCUUGUUCCCUUACCAUGAUCUUGUGAGUCUCCCUUAGAAUUUUGUUUUACCAAAAAACUCAAUGCCUAUAAUUGUACAAGUUUAUCAAUUUGGAUGUUGAGUAAUUUGAAGUUUCUGCUAGUUCUGGAAAUAGGAAGUUGGAAGCUUUGAUGUACAUGAUCAAUGAUGUUUUUCUUUUGUAAAUUAUUUUAUUCUUAGGUUUGUAUGUUGUAUUCUUAAUGCUGAGUAAUACAUUCCUCAUGUGAUUUAGCAUUAUCAAUAUUUUUAUGUCUUUUUAUAAGUGUAAUUUUAUAUGAGUUACUGGUAUUUAUAGAGAUGAUCUUAUCAUAUGGUGCUGUUAAGAGCAUAGUUAAUAUACAAGUAUAUGUAUAUAAAUAUAUCCACAUUUACAAGCAACAAGUUAAAAGGACUGUAACUCCCACUUCCAGUUUAUUAUAUUAAAACAAAGGUUCAUUUUAAGGAGCUUUCUACUGUUAUAUAUUUUUCUUUAUUAUUUCAGUGAACCACAGUUGUGUUAAAUUGCGGGAGAAGUCGUAAUAACUAUUUUUCAGUAAGUUACAUAGUCCAUUUGAAAUUUUGUAAUGUUGCAACAAAUCACUUAACAGGAAAUAAUCAAUGGCAAUUACUU